GGGUGCUCAACAGAUUGCUUCCUCCUAUUCUCAGACGGUCUUUGCAUGCAUGCAGCCAUUGGCACUCCCAUUGUAUGGAAGGAAACCAGCCCAGGGUCACACAGCUGGUCAGCAGCAACAUAGCUGGUCUCAAAUCUAAGGUGCCUGGCCAUGCCUCCAUGAGGGACCGCCUGCAAGGGAGGUUGAUCCUGGCUUUGGGGAGCCUUUCCUGGGCUGCACGAAUAACCUCCAUUGUUUGAGGCCCCAAACUCUGCUCACAUCUUCCUUUCCCUGUCUCUGCUUGGGCUAUGAUCACGGUGACUCUAGCAACCCUUCAUGGACAUUAUAGCACUCUCUGCCAUUCACUUUUGGUCUAAUCUGACUUCAACCCCCACUUAGUUGGUCUCUCCUUUUACAACCAACACAACCGAAAUCUAGGGCUUCUUUUUUUUUUUUUUUUUUUUUUUUUUUUUUUGAGACAGAGUCUCAUUCCAUUCUGUCACCCAGGCUGGAGUGCAAUGGUACGAUCUCGGCUCACUGCAACCUCCGCCUCCCGGGUUCAAGGGAUUGUCCUGCCUCAGCCUCCUGAGUAGCUGGGAUUACAGGCGUGUGCCACCAUGCCUGGCUAAUUGUUAUAUUUUUAGUAGAGACGGGGUUUCACUAUGUUGGUCAGGCUGGUCUCGAACCCCUAACCUCGUGAUCCGCCUGCCUCAGCCUCCCAAAGUGCUGGGAUUACAGGCGUGAGCCACCAUGCCCAGCCAAAUCUAGGGCUGGAACAUGGCUGCAGCGUACAAAUAGAAUUGAAUUCCAUAGUUUUGUUCACCCUGUUUUUUGUUUGUUUGUUUGUUUGUAGUUGUUGCUGUUUUUGAGACAGUCUCGCUCUGUCGCCUAGGCUGGAGUGCAGUGGUGCAAUCUCGGCUCACUGCAAACUCUGCCUCCCGGGUUCAAACUAUUCUCCUGCCUCAGCCUCCCAAGUAGGUGGGACUACAGGCGCCCACCACCACACCCAGCUAAUUUUUGUAUUUUAUUAGAGACAGGGUUUCACCAUAUUGGCCAGGCUGGUCUGGAACUCCCGACCUUGUGAUCCACCCACCUCGGCCUCCCACAGUGCUGGGAUUACAGGCGUGAGCCACCACACCCAGCCCCUGUUUUGUUUUCGUUUUGCUUGUUUCUUAGGGUUGUUUUUCUAUUUAUGGUAAAGGCAUUGGCUUUCCAUUUGUAGCAUCAAUAGAAUAUUUCCUGUUUACAGUAACCUUAUGUCAUGGUAAAUGGUAAAGGGAUUUAAAGCAGUGGUUUUCAGCUGCCAGAGGCCUGAGUUUGGGCACACUGUGUGUGAUCGGGCAGAAGGCCUGUGGGAAGUUUAGCCGAGGACAGGGCCAGGAAAGGUGAUGGACAGUGGGGGUCCGUCCUGGUCACCAGGCCCCUGGGUCCUGCCCACCUGCUUGGAGCUCCCCACCCAUCACACAUGAUGCUGCCAAGCCCUCUGGGUAUUGUGAGCAAAUACCUUAGGAGAGAAGCUGAUGAACUUUGUUUCUUGAAAUGCACAGAUUCCUUGGAUGUCCCUGAGAGGUCAAUCAUGAAAGUCAACUUGGUUUUCUCCCCCUCAUUUGGGUUCAGAAUUUAAAGUCCACACACACAGGCAGUAAGAUGAUAUAGAUAAGGACAUCAUCACUCGGUUUCGGAUGUUAAAAUGUCUAGGUGGGUUAGGGGUGAUUUGAGAUCACACAACCUUGUGCCACAAAGUGGAAUUCCCAGGCCAGAGGGAGACAUUUUAUUGCCAUGUUAUGAUCUUAUCGUUGAGUUUAAAGGCAAUCUUGUUUCAUUUUGGAUUCUUUCUUAUGUUUAUAUCUUAUAAGGGCACUUUGAAUUUCCAAGCAAAUAAUAAUUUUGAAUUAGCUUUUAAUCAUUGACUUCUAGCACAGUUAUAUGAUCAGAAACAUGCUGUGUGAUUUGAUUGCUCUCAAAUAUAUUGAGAUUUGCUGGAACAAAAUAAGUCAGGUUAAUUUUUGUAAAUGUACCAUGCAUGCUUAAAAUGAAUGUAUCUACAUUUGUUCCUGAGAUACAGGUUGAUGGACGGAUGGCUACAUGGAUGUGAUGGAGAUGGUUUACUAUCGGGACCUUCCACAUCCUGCUGAUGUUUUGUUGCUUAGGAUAUGAAUGGCUGAGCGGAGGCUGUAAAACCUGGCACUCUACUUGGGUAUGAGGUUCUUCCUGCCAUCCUGCCAUCAUUUGUUUUUUAUGUUUUGUCGCCAAAAGUGACCUUGAGGAACCCUGGGAGCUCAGGAAGGAAGGAGCGCCCAGAAGCAGGGACAGGGAGCUGGUUGGGGAGGACCAGAAAUCAGGGCGCCCUGAAAGGACCAGGACAUGCGGGUGCGGUGGCGGUGCUUUUGGCUCCUCUUCUGGCUCCUGCUGGGAUUUAUCAGCCAUCAGCCCACCCCUGUUAUCAAUACUCUGGCUGACCAUCAUCAUCGUGGGACUGACUUUGAUGAAAGUCCUUGGUUACAUAUCAUUAUUGAGUUUCUGAGAAGUUAUGAAGUUGUCAUUACCCUCUGGACAGUGUACCUUUGGUUGUCUUUCCUGAAGACUAUCUUCCAGUCUGAAAAUGGACAUGAUGGAUCCACGGAUGUACAGCAGAGAGCCUGGAGGUCCAACCGCCGUAGACAGGAAGGGCUGAGGUCCAUUUGUAUGCACACAAAGAAAAGAGUUUCUUCCUUUCCAGGAAUUAAAAUUGGCCUGGAAGACAUCUGUCCUUUACGGAAACAGGUGGAAACAAAAGUUCAAGCUAAAAUCCGUAAGACGAAGGUCAUAAAGAAAGUCAACCAUCAUUACAAAAUCAAUGGAAAGAGGAAGACCGCCAAAAAACAGAAAAUGUUUCAACGUGCGCAAGAGUUGCGGCGGCGGGCAGAGGACUACCACAAAUGCAAAAUCCCCCCUUCUGCAAGAAAGCCUCUUUGCAACUGGGUCAGAAUGGCGGCAGCGGAGCAUCGUCAUUCUUCAGGAUUGCCCCACUGGCCCUACCUCACAGUUGAAACUUUAAAAAACAGGAUGGGCCACCAGCCACCUCCUCCAACUCAACAACAUUCUAUAACUGAUAACUCCCUGAGCCUCAAGACACCUUCCGAGUGUCCGCUCACUCCUCUUCCACCCUCAGCUCCACCCUCAGCGGAUGAUAAUCUCAAGACACCUCCCUUAGCUACUCAGGAGGCUGAGGCAGAAAAAACACCCAAACCCGAGAGGCGGAGGGCCGCUGACGUGCAACCAACACCCGAGAGGCCUAGGGCCGCUGACGUGCAACCAUCACCGAAACCCGAGAGGCCAAGGGCCGCUGAGAUGGAACCAUCAUCACCCGAACCCGAGAGGCCGAGGGUCGCUGACGUGGAACCACCACCGAAACCCGAGAGGCAGAGGGCCGCUGACGUGCAACCAUCACCAAAACCCGAGAGGCCGAAGGCCGCUGACGUGCAACCAACACCGAAACCCGAGAGGCCGAGGGCCGCUGACGUGCAACCAUCGCCGAAACCCGAGAGGCCGAGGGCCGCUGACGUGCAACCAUCGCCGAAACCCGAGAGGCCGAGGGCCGCUGACGUGGAACCAUCAUCACCCGAAUCCAAGAGGCGGAGGGUCGCUGACGUGGAACCACCACCGAAACCCGAGAGGCAGAGGGCCGCUGACGUGCAACCAUCACCGAAACCUGAGAGGCCGAGGGCCGCUGACGUGCAACCAUCACCGAAACCCGAGAGGCGGAGGGCCGCUGACGUGCAACCAUCACCGAGAGGCGGAGGGCUGCUGACGUGCAACCAUCGCCGAAACCCGAGAGGCCGAGGGCCCCUGACUUGCAACCAUCAUCACCCGAAUCCAAGAGGCGGAGGGUCGCUGACGUGGAACCACCACCGAAACCCGAGAGGCCAAGGGCCACUGACAUGGAACCGUCAUCACCCGAACCCAAGAGGCAGAGGGCCGCUGACGUGGAACCACCACCGAAACCCGAGAGGCGGAGGGCCGCUGACGUGCAACCAACACACGAGAGGCCUAGGGCCACUGACGUGCAACCAUCACCGAAACCCAAGAGGCAGAGGGUCGCUGACGUGGAACCACCACCGAAACCCGAGAGGCCGAGCGCCCCUGACGUGCAACCAUCAUCACCCGAACCCAAGAGGCGGAGGGUCGCUGACGUGGAACCACCACCGAAACCCGAGAGGCCGAGGGCCGCUGACGUGGAACCAUCAUCACCCGAACCCCGAGGGGCCGAGGGCCGCUGACGUGCAACCACCACCGAAACCCGAGGGGCCGAGGGCCGCUGACGUGGAACCAUCAUCACCCGAACCCAAGAGGCGGAGGGCCGCUGACGUGCAACCAUCACCGAGAGGCCGAGGGCCGCUGACGUGCAACCAACACCGAAACCCGAGAGGCGGAGGGUCACUGACAUGCAACCACCGCCGAAACCCGAGAGGCGGAGGGCUGCUGACGUGCAACCAACACCCGAGAGGCCUAGGGCCACUGACGUGCAACCAUCACCGAAACCCGAGAGGCCAAGGGCUGCUGACAUGGAACCAUCAUCACCCGAACCCAAGAGGCGGAGGGUCGCUGACGUGGAACCACCACCGAAACCCGAGAGGCGGAGGGUCGCUGACGUGCAACCAUCGCCGAAACCCGAGAGGCCGAGGGCCACUGACAUGGAACCGUCAUCACCCGAACCCAAGAGGCAGAAGGCCGCUGACAUGGAACAACCACCGAAACCCGAGAGGCGGAGGGUCACUGACAUGCAAUCACCGCCGAAACCCGAGAGGCCGAGGGCCGCUGACGUGCAACCAUUGCCGAAACCCGAGAGGCGGAGGGCUGCUGAUGUGCAACCAACACCCGAGAGGCCUAGGGCCACUGACGUGCAACCAUCACCGAAACCCGAGAGGCCAAGGGCUGCUGACAUGGAACCAUCAUCACCCGAACCCAAGAGGCGGAGGGUCGCUGACGUGCAACCACCGUCAAAACCCGAGAGGUGGAGGGCCGCUGACGUGCAACCAACACACGAGAGGCCUAGGGCCACUGACAUGCAGCCAUCACCGAAACCCAAGAGGCGGAGGGCCGCUGACGUGCAACCAACACCGAAACCCGAGAGGCCGAGGGCCGCUGACAUGGAACCAUCAUCACCCGAACCCAAGAGGCGGAGGGUCGCUGACGUGGAACCACCACCGAAACCCGAGAGGCAGAGGGCCGCUGACGUGCAACCAUUGCCGAAACCCGAGAGGCCGAGCGCCCCUGACGUGCAACCAUCAUCACCCGAACCCAAGAGGCAGAGCGUCGCUGACGUGGAACCACCACCGAAACCCGAGAGGCCGAGGGCCGCUGACGUGCAACCAUCACCGAAACCCGAGAGUCCGAGGGCCGCUGACGUGGAACCAUCAUCACCCCGAGAGGCGGAGGGUCGCUGACGUGGAACCACCACCGAAACCCAAGGGGCCGAGGGCCGCUGACGUGCACCCACCGCCAAAACCCGAGAGGCGGAGGGCCGCUGACGUGCAACCACCGCCGAAACCCGAGAGGCCGACGGCCGCUGACGUGCAACCAACACCGAAACCCGAGAGGCCAAGGGCCCCUGACAUGGAACCACCAUGCAAACCCAGGAGGCCGAGGGCCGCUGACGUGGAACCAUCAUCACCCGAACCCAAGAGGCGGAGGGUCGCUGACGUGCAACCACCGCCAAAACCCGAGAGGCCGAGGGCCGCUGACGUGCAACCAUCACCAAGAGGCCGAGGGCCGCUGACGUGCAACCAACACCGAAACCCGAGAGGCGGAGGGCCGCUGACAUGCAACCAACACCCGAGAGGCCUAGGGCCACUGACGUGCAACCAUCAUCACCCGAACCCAAGAGGCAGAGCGUCGCUGACGUGGAACCAUCAUCACCCGAACCCCGAGAGGCGGAGGGCCGCUGACGUGCAACCACCACCGAAACCCGAGGGGCCGAGGGCCGCUGACGUGGAACCAUCAUCACCCGAACCCAAGAGGUGGAGGGUCGCUGACGUGGAACCACCACCGAAACCCAAGGGGCCGAGGGCCACUGACGUGCAACCACCGCCGAAACCCGAGAGGCCGACGGCCGCUGACGUGCAACCAACACCGAAACCCGAGAGGCCAAGGGCCCCUGACAUGGAACCACCAUGCAAACCCAGGAGGCCGAGGGCCGCUGACAUGGAACCAUCAUCACCCGAACCCAAGAGGCGGAGGGUCGCUGACGUGCAACCACCGCCGAAACCCAAGAGGCCGAGGGCCGCUGACGUGCAACCAACACCGAAACCCGAGAGGCCGAGGGCUGCUGACGUGCAACCAUCACCGAGAGGCCGCUGACGUGCAACCAACACCGAAACCCGAGAGGCGGAGGGCCGCUGACGUGCAACCAACACCCGAGAGGCCUAGGGCCACUGACGUGCAGCCAUCAUCACCCGAACCCAAGAGGCAGAGCGUCGCUGACGUGGAACCACCACCGAAACCCGAGAGGCCGAGGGCCGCUGACGUGCAACCAUCACCGAAACCCGAGAGGCGGAGGGGCGCUGACGUGCAACCACCACCGAAACCCGAGAGGCCGAGGGCCCCUGACGUGCAACCAUCAUCACCCGAACCCAAGAGGCGGAGGGCCGCUGACGUGGAACCACCACCGAAACCCGAGAGGCGGAGGUUCGCUGACGUGCAACCACCGCCGAAACCCGAGAGGCGGAGGGCUGCUGACGUGCAACCAUCGCCGAAACCCGAGAGGCCGAGGGCCCCUGACGUGCAACCAUCAUCACCCGAACCCAAGAGGCGGAGGGUCGCUGACGUGGAACCACCACCGAAACCCGAGAGGCCGAGGGCCACUGACGUGGAACCAUCAUCACCCGAACCCCGAGAGGCAGAGGGUCGCUGACGUGGAACCACCACCGAAACCCGAGAGGCCGAGGGCCGCUGACGUGCAACCAUCACCAAAACCCGAGAGGCCGAGGGCCGCUGACGUGCAACCAUCACUGAAACCCGAGAGGCCGAGGGCUACUGACGUGGAACCAUCAUCACCUGAACCCAAGAGGCAGAGGGUCACUGACGUGGAACCACCACCGAAACCCGAGAGGCCGAGGGCCGCUGACAUGGAACCAUCAUCACCCGAACCCAAGAGGCGGAGGGUCGCUGACGUGGAACCACCACCGAAACCCGAGAGGCAGAGGGCCGCUGACGUGCAACCACCAUGCAAACUCAGGAGGCCGAGGGUCGCUGACGUGGAACCAUCAUCACCCGAACCCAAGAGGCGGAGGGUCGCUGACGUGCAACCACCACCGAAACCCAAGAGGCCGAGGGCCGCUGACGUGCAACCAUCGCUGAAACCCGAGAGGCGGAGGGCCGCUGACGUGCAACCAACACCGAAACCCGAGAGGCCGAGGGCCGCUGACGUGCAACCAUCACAGAGAGGCGGAGGGCCGCUGACGUGCAACCAUCACCGAAACCCCAGAGGCCAAGGGCCGCUGACGUGCAACCAACACCGAAACGCGAGAGGCGGAGGGCCGCUGACGUGCAACCAACACCGAAACCCGAGAGGCGGAGGGCCGCUGACGUGCAGCCACCGCCGAAACCCAAGAGGCGGAGGGCCGCUGACGUGCAACCACCGCCGAAACCCGAGAGGCGGAGGGCCGCUGACGUGCAACCACCGCCGAAACCCGAGAGGCGGAGGGCCGCUGACGUGCAACCACCGCCGAAACCCGAGAGGCCGAGGGCCGCUGACGUGCAGCCAUCAUCACCCGAACCCAAGAGGCGGAGUUUGAGUUAGCUUGGAACAGGCUAUUGCACUCAAGCCUGAGCAAUAAGAAUAAAACUGAGUAGAACAAAAUAAAAAAAUAACAAAACAAAAC